UCGUUCAUAACCGUCUAGCCGAAAUGCAUUUGAUUAAGGUCGCUUUCUUGCUGAGUUUCAUGGCUCUCUGCCUACAACCCCAAGUUGAUGCGGUCCUGAGUUAUCGAACGGAUAGGUACCUUCGGUGCCUGGAGGUGGUGGCUGAUGCGGGUGCCAUUAUGAUCGAGAAUUCCGUGACGGCGCUAAAGACCCUGGCGGAAUGUGUGGACUUCGAGCCUCAAAUCAAGUUAACUGGAAGUGUUCUCCGAUUCAUUAAGUUGGCCCACGAGUUCCUCAAGAGGGCUAUCUUUGACAAGCAGGUCUGUUUGAUCCGGACAGCUACCACGGCCGUGAAUUUGGUAAGACCGCUGGUGGCCAAGUUCGAUAGCCUUAAGUGCUUUGAAGACUAAAUUUAAGUACAACACAUAUGGAAUUUGAAUAAAAAUGCAGAGCAAAGCGCGAAUUUGUCCAGCUUAGUAAAGAGCAAGUGAAGACCAAGGGAA